CUGCAACCCGGCUAAACUAAACACAAACUCGACUCGAAAAUAAAAAUAUUUUGAUGGUAAACUAUGGAAAACACAACUGUGGACCACCACAAACGUCUCGAAUAUUGUACCACGAGACUGCAAUAUCGACAGGGACGAGAAUUAAAAGCUGUCAAAGUAUACACUGUUGCUAGUGAGUCGCAACAUUUGCUAAUAUUUGGCGUACCCAAAAUAAACCUUUAUAGUAAUCUGAAGGCAAAGCUGCAGAGUUUUGGAAAACUUCAAUCCUGUGUUUGCAUAACUUCGGAAAUGGCACCUAAAAUGGAGCUAGAGGCCUUUACGGAUGUGUUCGCCGUUAAAUUUGAACGCUUAGAUGUAGCUAGAAGAACUAAAAAAAUGCUGGAUGCCAGAAACUUUUAUGGUGGAGUGCUGCACAUAUCCUACGCCCCGGAAAGGGAGUCCCUUCAGGAACUGCGGGAGAAGUUAGUUCAGCGCAGAGCAGAUGUAGCACGCCGCAUAAGACUUAAUCAAAAGGAGGAAAAGCCGCAGCCGGCAAAGAAGCGAAAUGUACACGACACGCUUUAUUAA